ACAGAGCCUCGUUCCCCUGUGCCGGGAGCCCGGCGGGCAUUGACGUCAAGCGGCAGCUGAGCGCUGCCCACAGACUACUGACCCGACUCCUCCUCCACACCCCUUCCUCCCUCGCCCCCUCCCUUUCUCCUGUGCGCGGGCUGGGGCUCGCUAUAAAAGGCGGGAGUGCGGCGUGUCCAGUCGAGUUUCAGCACCAUGGAGAGCUCCCGCUUGCAGUUGCUGCCCCUUCUGGGAGCCGCCCUGCUACUGCUGCCUCUGCUGGGCGCCCGAGCCCAAGAGGACGCGGAGCUCCAGCCCCGAGCCCUGGACAUCUACUCCGCCGUGGACGAUGCCUCCCACGAGAAGGAGCUGAUCGAAGCAUUGCAGGAAGUCCUGAAGAAGCUCAAGAGUAAACGUAUUCCCAUCUAUGAGAAGAAGUAUGGCCAAGUUCCCAUGUGUGAUGCUGGUGAACAGUGUGCUGUGCGAAAAGGAGCAAGGAUCGGGAAGUUGUGUGACUGUCCCCGAGGAACCUCCUGCAACUCCUUCCUCCUGAAGUGCUUAUGAGGUGUCUGCAUCCUCCACCUCACACCCCCUUUCCUACAGAAGUUCGCACCUUCAUCGCUGGCUUUAGCAACAAAAAAUGCAUUUCCCUUUAAGGCAAAGGUUUUGUUUGUUUGUUUUCUCCUGUUUUCAAAUAAAAGAACACAUUAGAUGUC